AUGCAGAACUACGCUACAAAGCAUUGGUUUAUUCCAUUAUUGCAACAUCUGCUUGUCAUUGACAAAGGAAAUAGAGAAAACUCUUCUGUGGAGAAACUGAGUAUAUAUGUGGCUCAAGAAAAAUCGAUGGAACCAUCAAAAUUACAAGUCAUGUAA